AUGCUUCGGCCCUUUCAGAGCAGGCCGCUCGCCACGAACGGGCACAAACUGCGCGAGGACGGCAGCCGCCCGCGCCCGGUGCCCACAGCAGCAUUGAAGGUCGAAAAGUGGGAUGAACGCCGUGACGGGAGCCUAUCCAAGGCUUCCGUGGCUGAGAAGCUCAGAAAGCAGGGGUACACGACGAACUUCUACACGUUCAACCCAGGGACGGUGUUUCCCGAUCAUUCGCAUCAGUGCCACAAGAAGGACUCGAUUGUCUCCGGCAGGAUGCUGUUUCGAAUGAAGGGAGAGGAGAUUGUCCUCCAGCCAGGAGACAUGCUGGAGGUUCCCAAGGGUGCCACACAUUAUGCCGCAGUUGUUGGAGCUGAUCCAGUGGUGUUUGUCGAUGCCAGCAAAAAAUAA